CAAGGGAAAAUUUCAGUCAGUUGACGCUGUACCAUACACGCUUUAGGUACAUGUAAAUAAAAAAGUUGCGAUAGUGCUGCUGUUUAAUAGGAAAGGAUCGUUUAGCGAUUCGACUAACUAUUCUCGUAUCAGUUUCUUGAACAUAAAGCGAAAAACAAAAAUAUUUUCUUUAAUAAAUUCUCGAGGCCUACCAGCUGAUCGGAGCGUUCAUUGCGCGUACAACUUGUGGAUGUUAACAUAACCUAAUAGCUUAUGACACUUCAGAAUUGUAUGUGUAUAACGAUUGAAAAUUGGAAAGUUUAAACUGAAAGGAGAUAAAAUCUUUUAUGCAAAGUACAAAAACGUCUACUAUGUGUUGAACUAAAAAUUUAUUUGAAUGAAAAAGAUUAUGCUUACAAGAAAGGUAGAUAGAAUUAGUCAACACAACAACCAAGCCUUAUAAAGAUGAGUAUCUUCUAAUGAAAUAAUAGACGGAAUUUUUUGAAGGCACCUGUGCAAAAUUAAAAUUGUAACCAUGUCUGGAAAAGGAAAACAAAGUUCCAAAAAGGCAGUCGUCAAAGUACGAGAAAGUGGGAAGACUGUACAAUCUUCUGCCCUUAACUCGGAUACGACUUUGGAAAAUACAGAGGUCACAAAACCUCUAUCUAUUUUAAAAAUUGCUGACAAUAGCCGCCUUCUUCCAAGGUAUAGUAGUAUCCUGCAACGCAGUGUGGAAGAAGGUGUAGGAAUGGAGGAUCUUGAUACACUACAAUUAGAACUAGAAAUGCUUCUCUCCUCUGUAGUGGUGCGACAUCGCAUGCUUCAAGAGGAAAUAGCCAAUUUGUCUUCAGUAGAGGAACGCAGAGACAAAAGAUCCAAAAGUGGGAAAGGUCUUUCUCUUUUGGAUAAAAAGGUCAGAGAAGAAAAGUUCAAACCUAAAGAACUUAAUGUUAAAACACAGUCUCCUCUACCUGCAAAACUGUUCAAGCAAAAAGCUGUUACCAGCUCAAACUCUCAAGUCAUUCCAAAUGUUCAUGAAAUUUCAAGAAUUGAAGGUUCCAAAUCUGAAUCACCAAAGUUGCUCUUACCAAAAAAUGAUACUCCCAAUAAAUUCUGGGCAUCUGUCGAUCCAUAUUGCACAGAUAUUAUGUCUGAUGAUAUUAAAUUACUAGAAGAAUUAAUUUGCACACACAGUGACGUUAGUGACUUUAAAAAAGUCCCUCCAUUAGGUCGUCACUACAGUUUAAUGUGGGCACAUAAUGAUUUGUUGCAAGAAGAAGAUGCAGGUAAUCCAACUAGAGAAAAAAAAAAAAAUCGCUCGGAUGUGUCUCUGUUAGUUGGAAAAAAUGACAAAAAGGCACACAGUAUAGCAGGACCUCUAACUCAGAGAUUAGUCUCUGCCCUACUUGAAGAAAAUGUAUAUGUUGCAAAUAAUAACACAGAUAACAAACUCUUUAGGGAUAGUGAUCCUCCGGUUUUAAGAGAUCUUACUAUUCAGAACUCUAUUAAUUUAGAAUUAAGGAUGCACAAAGAACUUGUAGAGCAAGGAAUUUUAGAACCAGAUGCACAAAAGAAGAGUCAAGAGGACGACGAAAUUUUGACUGAGAUAAAACGGUGUCAGCAGGAGCUUACUGCUCUUUCCAAUCAUAAUGUAACACAGUUAAAAAGACUGUUGAGUUUAGCUCAGGAGGAAAGCAAACGGCAAGCGUUGAAGAGGAAAAUUAGUACGGCGGAUAACGAAGUGAUAGAACACUACAAAAAACUUAUACUAGCAAAACAAAGAAAAGUACCUUUAACAAAAAAAGAACAGGAGAAAGCGUGGUCGUGUCUUCGAGAGAGGGAAAACCUUUUGGACCAGCUGAACAUGUUACCACACAACAACGUAGAACCUAUAGGUUUCGGCACUACGAACUAAAUGCAAUUUUUUACUGUAUUGUACAAUAUCGUGAUAAAACUAUGUAUAAAAAUUGAAUAAUAUCAGUCUAAUUUUUAAAU